CCAAAGGCCCUGCGCGAGUCUAUAUAGAGCUGCAACUCUCUCACGAUUCCCCUGCACUACUUCCGACGGUCGUGUCGUGACUACUACUCAGCGAAUACAGCUGAACGAAAUUGGGGAAAAUGUUGCGUUUCACAGCAGCUCUGUUGAGAAAUGCCUCUUCUGCUAGCUCACAGAACUUGCUGAAAUUGAGCCCAGCAGCCGUUCAGCAACAGACCAGGCUGAAUUCCGAUAUUGCCUAUGUUAUUCCUGAGCACUUGAAUGGCAUUGAAGAUGCAGAGGAUCCUCUCUUCUUUGAUAUGGUUGAAUUCUUCUACCAUAAGUCAUGCAAAAUCCUGCAGGAGAAAUUGGUUGAGGACUGGAGGGCACCACGAAUGAGCACUGAAGAGAAACGCAAGAAGGUUAAGGGCUUGCUGAACAUCAUUCAACCCUGCCAUCAUGUUUUGGAAGUCUCUUUCCCCCUCAAGAGAGACAAUGGUGACUACGAGAUGAUCACUGGCUACAGAGCCCAGCACAGCCAGCAUCGUCUACCCUGCAAAGGAGGUAUCCGUUACUCCGAUGAGGUCAACAUUGAUGAAGUUAAGGCUUUGUCAGCCUUGAUGACGUUCAAGUGUGCUUGCGUCGAUGUACCGUUCGGUGGAGCCAAAGCUGGAGUCAAAAUCAACCCACGUAAAUAUAGCGAUAACGAAUUGGAGAAAAUCACCCGUCGCUUCACACUUGAGCUGGCCAAGAAAGGCUUCAUUGGACCCGGUAUCGAUGUCCCUGCCCCAGAUAUGGGUACUGGAGAGCGUGAGAUGGCUUGGAUCGCCGAUACUUAUGCUUCCACCAUCGGUUAUAAUGACAUCAACAGCCACGCUUGCGUCACUGGCAAACCCAUCAACCAGGGAGGUAUUCAUGGCCGUGUCUCAGCCACCGGUCGUGGUGUCUUCCACGGUCUAGAGAACUUCUUGAAUGAAGCCUCUUACAUGUCCAUGAUUGGCACUACCCCUGGUAUGGGUGGCAAAUCUGUCAUCAUCCAGGGAUUCGGUAACGUCGGUCUCCAUACCGCAAGGUAUCUGCACCGUGCCGGAGCUACCGUCAUUGGUAUCAUGGAAUACGAUGGCUCAAUCGUCAACCCCACUGGCAUCGACCCGAAGGAACUCGAAGACUACAAACUUCAACACGGUACCAUCGUUGGAUUCCCUGGAGCUCAGCCCUACACUGGUGAAUGCUUGUUGUACGAAAACUGCGACAUUCUAGUCCCAGCUGCUAUUGAGAAGGUUAUCAACAAGCACAAUGCCCACAGGAUUCAGGCCAAGAUCAUCGCCGAAGCUGCCAACGGACCAACUACCCCAGCUGCAGACAAGAUCCUCAUUGAACGCAACAUUUUGGUUAUCCCCGACCUUUACAUCAACGCUGGUGGUGUAACUGUUUCCUACUUCGAGUGGUUGAAGAACUUGAACCAUGUCUCGUACGGUCGUCUGACAUUCAAAUACGAGCGCGAAUCCAACCAUCACCUGUUGGAAUCAAUUGAACAAUCUUUGAAUACGGAAUCGGUUCAGCAGUCCUUGGAAAGGAGAUUUGGUCGUGUUGGAGGAGCUAUUCCCAUCACCCCGUCUGAAUCUUUCCAGAAGAGAAUUUCGGGAGCAUCUGAGAAAGACAUCGUUCACUCUGGCUUGGAUUACUCGAUGGAGCGAUCUGCUAAGGCUAUCAUGCGUACUGCUAUGAAAUACAACCUAGGAAUCGAUUUGCGCAGUGCCGCCUACGUCAACUCGGUCGAGAAAAUCUUCCAAACUUACCGCGAAGCUGGCUUGACUUUCACAUAAGCGUAAACGACCCGUUUUUAAGGUCUACCUGCUGUGUGAUUGAAUAUGAGCAUAGCUUUUUAUAGUGGAGCAAUAACCAUAAGAAAUUUUCAAAGACAGAAGAGUUCGCAAUCAUUUUUGUUAAAGCCUUCUUUAAAAUAUCCAAAAAGUGUUGGGGGAAAAACGUCAGUUCAGCCCGGUGACGACUUAUUUUGUUCAUUAUCAUUAGAAAAAGGGGUCAUCUUUUGUUUCCGUUUUUUUUUCUUUCUUUUUCUCUAUGUGUUCACGCCUCUGCGUUCAAAACACACUCGUGACAGCUUUAAUGCGUAAGAUUACGCAUCAUUUGCAAUCUGGGCAGUGUUACAAGUGCAAGAAGGACAAUACACGGAUCUAAAUCCAGUAUUCAUUUA